AGUUCCAUUUAAAAUGCCUAAUCACUUGCAACAUGACAGCUAAACAUGUGACAAUGGACCAUUUAUAUGUGAAGCCAAGUACCUUACAAAUCAAAUUUUUAAUAUUUCUAAAUGACAGCAUUACAAACUGGGAAACUCUCCAAAAGGAAAAAAAAAAAAAGGAAAAGGAAUAUACCCAUCAAAACGCAGCGCAUUGUUUUUAUCAUCAUCUUCCACAAACAGAAGUGAAAAAAAGCUUAUGCCUUUUUGGGUAUAGUGGAGAAGCUUAGCUAAUUGAAUGACAAGGAGAAACAUUGCAAAUAUCGAGGCCAAUGGGAAGCCCAUAUUCAGGUGAUAGCGAGGAAGAUCAGGUGAUGAGCGAAAUCCACCUUGGCUGCCCACCUAACUCAUCUGGACCUCACACUUCCAAUUUCACAAUCUCCAUUCCGCCUGGUAAAGAAUCAAGCUUCCUCUCUAGACUAUUCCCAUAUGUUGAUCACGGUAGAUGUAAGGAUUUUUUUAAAGAUGAAGAAGUAACUACGCGUGACCAAAUGCUUUGUGUGGAUGAAGAUGGUGAUCUUGUCCUAACUAGGCGCAGCAAGUCUCCAACUCGUAGUUUUAGUGUAACCAUCCAGCAUAAUAUCACGUCAUCAAUUCCGAGUGUGGGAUUGCAGGUUUGGAAGGCAGAACUGGUAUUAUCUGAUUUUGUGUUGCAUAAGAUGUUCACUUCAUCUGAAUUUGAUGGGAUUAGUUUAUUAGAACUUGGUGCUGGAACUGGGCUAGUGGGUAUGUUGCUUGCACAUGUUGCUAAAGUGGUAUUCCUAACAGACCGUGGUGAUGAAAUCCUUGAAAACUGUGCAAGGAAUGUUCAGCUCAAUUCUGAAGUGUUAAACUGUCGAAGUGCAAUUCAUGUACGUGAACUUGAUUGGAUGAAUUCCUGGCCACCUAUAGAACAUUGUGGAAAUUUGGCAGGUCCUAUGAGGUAUUCUUGGAUUCCUGCAGAAAUUGAAGAGGCCCAGGGAGUUUCUUUGCUUCUGGCUGCUGAUGUGAUAUACAGUGAUGAUCUUACUGAUGCUCUUUUCAGUAUUCUAGGGACACUAAUGCCAUUGGGUUCAGAAAAGGUUUUAUACUUGGCACUGGAAAAGCGUUACAACUUCAGUCUUGAUGAUCUUGAUGUUGUUGCAAAUGGUUAUAAACAUUUCCUGAGUUAUCUUAAGGAGGAAGAAUAUGAGGAACUUGAAUAUGGAUCCUCCCCUUGUUUUGUUGGCAAGCGUAUAGAUCUUUCAUUAAUUCCACAAUAUGUGAGAGGGUACGACAGAGGAAAUGAUGUUGAGCUCUGGCAGAUCAAGUUUGGAGGAAGAAAACCUGAGCUGAAAGAUUCCUGUGAAUGAGUUCUCAGUUCAAAUCUAUUUGGUUAACAGUAAAAAGUUCACAUGGCUAGCUGCAUACUUUUCUUGGAAAAGGAAAGAAAGAAAAAAUGAAAAAUGUACUUUUCGGUGUUUUCUUCCUUUUGGCUUGGUUUGAAUAUAUGUGAUCUUCAUGGUCAUUAAUAUCAAACUGUUCAACUCAUUUGCAACGCUCUUUCAGGUAUGGCCGUUGCAUGAUUGAGACACUUCUUUAUGUACUGGCAGACUGACACGAUCAAUUCUUUCCUGCUGGAACCUUUUGAUUUCUUAGAUAAGAAGUCCAGAAUCAAAACUUGAAAACACUUGUUUUGGCAAUGGCUUACCUUUCCAUACUUAUGAAGCAUGCAGCUCAAUUGGUAUAAAUCGAGAAACAAAUAAUGUUGAACGCC